AUGGCCAAAUCAAGAGUUAUCGUGAAGACACAGAAAGCCAAGGCGGCGUUUGCUGGGGUCAAGCAGGUUGGGAGAUACAAUGACACUGAUUUAAUAAAGGCUGAAUAUGCCACCAUUCAAAUCAGUGUGACAGUGUUUCACCCUGUGACACAUCAGCUUGCCCUGGACGACAGUAGCAAAUUUUCUCGGAUCAAUGGAGCUGAGAGAUUUCGCAAUUCCCCAUCCAUUGUGGCAUUGAUCUCUUUGCACCUCUGGCUAAUAUCUUGCGUGGGUGACUGUGUUGGCACAGAAUGCCCAGUGUGCCACAUGCCAGCCUGGGUGCAAGAUGCACAGAUAAACCGGCAACUAGAUAACAUGAUUCAGCUUUGCAGCAAACUGCGGCAUCUACUGGGUGCGGACACCUCAGAUUCAACAGAAGAUCUGUCCAUACCAACGGACUCAAACUUUGGAAAAAAGAAUAAGAAGGAACAGAUAAAAAUGUGGUUCAGCCCAAGAAGUAGGAAGAUUCGAUGCGUCCUGAACAAGAGUCAGCCUGAGACUAAAAGUGAUGACCUUUGUCAAGACACACCUUCAAUUUACGAUUUCUUUUCUUCUCCUCCUCGUGAAAAGCCCUCCAAGCCGACAAAAAAGCCAACACAGAGACAGAGUAAGAAGAUGAAGAAGAAACGUCUGGCAGACAUUAACAAAGUGUGGAGCUUACAGAAGCCUGAGCAGAAAGGAGGAGUUGAGGAGAAGACUCCCAAGGAAAAGCGUGUGACUGUCUGCAGUCAACCGGUAGUUCUGUGCACUCCAGAACCAAGUAGCCCUGAAAAGGAUUAUUUAAAGGAAGCUGACUCCAGCAAAAAUACAGAAAGUGUGGAAAUACUGCCACGGGUAAAAUCCUCAGAGAAGAAAGAUAACAGUGAGGUUGUGCGCCUUGCACAAGUCAGCAAGGAAAAAAAUUGCGCUACAGAGACAUCACUGUCAAUAGAAAAUGAAACUACGCCUUUAAAACGUGGAAGGGAGCAAUCCAGACUUCCAGAUACUUCUCAGUCUAAAAGACCAAGAAGAACCGAGAGGAGCAUUAUUGGGAAGUCAGUCAGUCAGUCAGAUUGCUUAGAGGAGUUACCUCAGGGUUGCCCCAUCUCCCCAGUGACUGAACACAAGACCCCAGCUCAGAAUUCUUCCUCUGUAUCGAAACUCACUGACACCGUAAUGAAGACAAGAAGCUCUGCACUCUUUCAAGCAAUAAAUAGUCCUUCACUUUCAAAAUCUCCCUCUACCCCAUCUACUUCUAAGGCUUGUAAUCAAGUAGGAAUACCACACAGUCCUUCUGUGUUGAAGUCCCCUGGUGGUAACACAAUUGCCAGAAGAAAUUACAAAGGAGAGACUUUGCUCCAUGUUGCUUCCAUCAAGGGUGACUUAGCAGCUGUUGAACAGCUGCUGAAAAAUGGGGCAGAUCCCAAUGUCAAAGAUAAUGCUGGCUGGACACCACUGCACGAGGCGUGUAAUCAUGGGCACAAAGAAGUGGUGGAGCUGUUGCUACAAUACAAGGCGUUAGUGAAUACUACGGGGUAUCAGAACGACUCGCCGCUUCAUGAUGCUGCCAGGAAUGGGCAUGUGAGCAUUGUUGAGCUGCUGCUUUUGCAUGGUGCCUCCCGUGAUGCAGUUAAUAUAUUUGGUCUGCGGCCUGUGGACUAUGCAGAAAGUGAAAAGAUAAAGUGUGUGCUAAUGUUACCAGUGACAAAUGAAUCAUUCUCACUUAACCAACCCUCUGAGGCACUGAGCCCCAGCCAGCCAAGAGAUGGACCUCUUGGUAUAUUGGGGAGCAGUCUUAGUUCAGAGCAACAGAAAUUGCUGAACAAACUAGCAACAGUUCUGAAGGCUCGAAGGUGUACUGAAUUUAACAGCAGAGUAACUCAUCUUGUUAUCCCUGAUGUUCCAAUGCCAAGUACUGUCAAAUGUAUGAUGGCGGUUCUGACUGGAUGUUGGGUCCUCAAGUUUGAAUGGGUACAAGCCUGUCUACAAACCACAGUACGAGAACAAGAAGAGAAGUAUGAAAUCCAAGGUGGCCCACAAAGAGGCCGGCUCAACAGAGAACAGCUGCUGCCUAAGUUGUUUGAUGGAUGCUACUUCUAUUUUUUGGGAUCUUUCAACCGUCACCAGAAGAGUGAUCUUGUAGACUUGGUCAAAGCAGCAGGAGGACAAAUUCUGGUUAGGCAGCCAAAACCAGACAGUGAUGUGACGCAGACAAUCAACACGGUGGCAUACCAUGCAGAAUCUACUUCUGACCAGAGAUUUUGCACGCAGUAUGUAAUCUAUGAUGUGUCUUCUAAAUUCAAGCCAGAGAAAAUUCGUCAGGGCAAAGUCUGGAUGGCCCCCUCCAGCUGGCUUAUAGACUGUGUGAUGUCAUUUCAGCUCCUGCCUGUAAAAUGAAUAUCGAUGUCUCAGAGCAAGGUUUAAAAAUGCGGUGAAUCUUGAGCAGUUGGAACACACUGGUAAACACCGAUCUGAAGCUAUGAUUUGUGUUUUGCACUUAGGAAUACAGGAGAGCUUUGACCAUUUAAAUGAGUUACUAAGAUCACUGAUAUGCUGGAAUAAAUGAACUUAUAAUGGAGGAGAGAAAUAUACUGCAUUGAAAAAUGUGCCUUGGGUUAUUUAGUAUGCU